UGGAAAUGGAUUUGAAAGCCGCUCGUAUAAAAUACCUUACAACCUUAAAAAAUUAGAGAACCCAUACAAACUUUUCAAAAAAAAAAAAAAAACAAAACAAAAACAAAAUUUCAAAUUCCAAUUAUUAUUUUUUUUGAAGAUCUUCCUGUUCAGGGCCCUAGAUCCUCUAAUCUUCACUGUUUAUCUUACUAUCUUCCUUUUCUCAGAUCCUUUCGAUUUUCUUCUCUAAUUUCUCUCAUUAAUUUUCCUUCCGGCUUCAUGGAGUUUUGAUUUAUCGCACGUUUUACGAGAUCAAUGUGAAGCGAAACUUGUUAGUUGGUUGCAGGCGUCGAAGAUCCCUGUACUCAUUGGAGCUUUACUCUACUUAAAUCAUCAACGAAGAAUAUCACAAAUGCGAUAAAUAUUUUUGGAAAUCUAUAUUUGGUCGCUUAUUUAUCCUUUCGAAGUGUGUGUAAUGGAUUCGGAUAAUCUAUUGUCUGCGGGUGGGCUUGAGGUUGCCAAUCAAAAUGGUGUUUAUCCGCAACUUCGGGUGUCUGGGGACGACAGUGGUGUAUUAGAUAAUGUGAAUGGGAAUGUUGAGGAAGCCUUCGAGACUUAUUUGCAGAAUGAAUUGGAUAACAAUGGAACAACUGGGGAAGCCAAAGAAGGGUCAAAUGACUUUGUGGAAAGCAAUGGAUUGAUUGAUUCUAAGGAAGGGGAAGUCAAAGAUAAUGUGAAGCAAUCCAAACCUCAAAAGAUUCAAAGCAAGACAAAGAAUGAGAAGCCCUCUGGUCCUAAAAAUGUUUCUUCAGCUUUAGUGAAGAAAAGCAAAGAUGGAAAGAGUGCAGAGGCGAUGUUGACAGCUUCGAAUGGUGGUUCUGUUGCUACAAAUUCACAUCUGAAACAGCCUCUUAAAAGUAGAUCAUUUAAUGAAAGACAAGUCAAUGCUUCCAAGCAUUCUGAAAAACCUGACGCAGUCUUCUCUCAAGGCAUUUUGGAGAAACCCAAGCUGAAGUCUCUGAAGAAAGGACUUUGUAGUAAAGCUGAAGGAGACAUAGAGUCCUCAAGCCCCAAGGAAGCAGAUGCCAAAGCUCAUAGGGUUGGUACUCUUCCAAAUUAUGGUUUCAGUUUCAAGUGUGAUGAACGGGCUGAGAAAAGGAAAGAGUUCUACACUAAACUUGAGGAAAAGAUUCAUGCAAGGGAAGUAGAAAAGAGCAACUUGCAAGCCAAGUCCAAGGAAACUCAAGAAGCUGAGAUUAAGAUGUUUAGGAAGAGUUUGAACUUUAAAGCAACUCCAAUGCCAAGCUUCUAUCAGGAACCUCCACCUUCUAAGGUGGAAUUAAAGAAGAUACCACCAACAAGAGCUAAAUCUCCAAAGCUUGGUCGGAGGAAAAGCUCAACUCCUUCGGACUUUGAUGGUAACAGCAAUAGUGGCCAACAAUCAGGCCGGUUAAGUCUGGAUGAGAAAGCAUCUCAGAGCAUCUCUGCGGAUGUAAUUUCUCCUGUUCAUGCAAAGAAGCCACAGAGGAAAUCGCUUCCCAAACUGCCUUCUCAAAAGACUAGUUUGUCCAGUGCAACAAAUGAGGAAAAGGCAUCCAAGGCAUCCAAUCAGGAAAAGGUAAUUACUUCUAUAGCAACUACUGCAGGAAAGAUAGCCUCAUCUAAAGCAACAAAUGAGAAGAAUACUGUGUCGUCUGAUUUGACAAAUGAGGAAUUAUCUCCAAUCCAACAACAGGAGGCAGUUUCCAUAGCUGAUUCAGGUGGAAGCCAGCCCGACAUGGAUCCAGGGCCAGUGAUUAGAGAGCAAGGACAGCUGCAAUUGAUACAAGAGCCCAUUGCACUGGAGCAUUGAGCAUGGCUGUGGUUUUAAGUGGAUGUUCAUAUAUGAAGCUCUUGACCUCAUUUUGCCUAAAUAAGGACGUCUAAGACUGAACUGUUUGAUGAUCAAGGCAUGCAAAAUUCUACAUUAUGGGUUAUGAUGUUGUCUUCUCCAAUAUUCAGCCGGCUUUGGCUGUUUGCUGUGUUGCUCGCAAAGGUUUCUGGGCUUGUUAGGAUUCUGCACUCCUGUUUGCAGCACUGUAUGUCAAUCAUGUACCAAGUUGUCCUAAUUUAUGUUGUUUAAGGAUGGCUUAUUGAAUAUAUUUUGCAAAAUUCUGAAGUCUGCUGUUGGUGUUAGAUAAUCCGUUAUCAAACAGGGUUUGUCCAAACCUGCUGAACUACUUGUGAAUUAAAGUUCUGAGUCUGCCACAUGUUGUAAAUGCUCUCUGUUUAUUCUAUGUGCUAUUGCCUAGUUAAUUCUGCACUA